UCUUAAGCUGUCUGAUAGGUCCAUCUUGUUGGCGGGCGCGAGAACGUUCGAAGUUUGAACAUUUCAAACGUUAUGAGGAAAGCGAAAACAAGCGCCCGUUAGAGGUUGCAAAUAUUAAGGACAGAACGUGAAUAACCUUUACGGAUAUAAAAACUAGCUAGAUAAAUUGGCCAGAGGCUCAGAAAACUCAAGUUAUCAAGCUUCCGGAACAGAAUACAGCAGAAGAAUGUCUGAACCAUUGAAGAGCUUGUUUGAGAACAAGGUGGUGGAGAAGACCAAGAAGGACCCUAACCGCCUGUCAGUGGAAAGGAUCUACCAGAAAAAGACUCAGCUGGAGCACAUUCUGCUACGUCCAGACACCUACAUUGGCUCUGUGGAGCCUGUCACACAGCAAUUGUGGGUGUAUGAUGAGGAUGUUGGAAUGAACUGUCGAGAUGUGACCUUUGUACCAGGUCUCUACAAGAUCUUUGAUGAGAUCCUUGUGAAUGCUGCCGAUAACAAGCAAAGGGAUAAAACCAUGACCUGCAUUAAAGUAAACAUUGACCCUGAGAACAACUCCAUCAGUGUGUGGAACAAUGGGAAGGGCAUCCCUGUGGUGGAGCACAAGGUGGAGAAGGUCUAUGUGCCAGCUCUCAUCUUCGGACAGCUCCUCACCUCCAGUAACUAUGACGACGACCAGAAGAAGGUCACCGGUGGACGCAACGGCUAUGGUGCCAAGCUUUGCAACAUCUUCAGCAGCAAGUUCACCGUGGAGACAGCCUGCAAGGAGUCCAAGAAGACCUUCAAGCAGACGUGGUAUGACAACAUGGGGCGGGCUGGGGAACACAAGAUCAGGUCGUUUGACGGCGACGAGUUCACGUGCAUCACCUUCCAGCCGGACCUGUCCAAGUUCAAGAUGCAGACCCUGGACAAGGACACGGUGGCCAUCAUGACCCGACGGGCUUACGAUAUCGCCGGUGCCACCAAGGGAGUCCGCGUGUUCCUCAAUGGCAAAAGGCUACCCGUGACGAGUUUCCGUAACUACGUGGACCUGUACCUGAAGGACAAGGUGGAUGAGCUGGGCGUACCCCUCAUUGUGGUCCAUGAGGUGGUGAGCGAGCGCUGGGAGGUGUGCCUCACAUUGAGUGAGAAGGGCUUCCAGCAAGUCAGCUUUGUCAACAGCAUCGCCACCACCAAGGGUGGGAGACAUGCUGACUACGUGGCAGACCAGGUGACGUCCAAGCUCAUUGAAGUUGUCAAGAAGAAGAACAAGGCUGGCGUGGUCGUCAAGCCUUUCCAGGUGAAGAACCACAUGUGGAUUUUUGUCAACUGCCUGAUCGAGAACCCUACCUUCGACUCCCAGACCAAGGAGAACAUGACCCUGCAGCAGAAGAGCUUCGGUUCCACCUGCCCCCUCAGUGACAAGUUUAUCAAACAGGCCAACUCCUGUGGGAUAGUGGAGAGCAUCAUGAACUGGGUGAAGUUCAAGGCCCAGACGCAGCUCAACAAGAAGUGCUCUGCCGUCAAGCACAACAAGAUCAAGGGAGUGCCCAAACUGGACGACGCCAACGACGCAGGUGGUAAGAACUCCAACGGCUGCACUCUGAUCCUGACGGAGGGAGACUCGGCCAAGACGCUGGCCGUGUCUGGUCUGGGCGUGGUGGGCAGAGACCGCUACGGAGUCUUCCCUCUCAGGGGAAAAAUGCUCAACGUGCGGGAAGCCUCACACAAGCAGAUCAUGGAUAAUACUGAGAUCAACAAUGUCAUCAAGAUCCUGGGGCUGCAGUACAAGAAGAACUACAGCGACCCAGAAUCCCUCAAGUCCCUGCGUUACGGCAAACUCAUGAUCAUGACCGAUCAGGACCUGGAUGGCUCCCACAUCAAGGGGUUGCUUAUCAACUUCAUCCACCACAACUGGCCCUCACUGCUGCGCCACAACUUCCUGGAGGAGUUCAUCACCCCCAUCAUCAAGGCCACUAACAAGAAGCAGGAGCUGUCCUUUUACAGCAUUCCAGAGUUCAAUGAGUGGAAGGACAUGCAGCCCAACAUCAAAUCUUGGAAAAUAAAAUACUACAAAGGUUUGGGUACCAGCACUUCGAAGGAAGCGAAGGAGUACUUCUCUGACAUGCAUAGACAUCGCAUUCCCUUCAAGUACGCUGGACCUGCCGACGACGAGGCAAUUACCCUGGCCUUUAGCAAGAAAAGGAUUGAGGAACGUAAAGAGUGGCUGACCAACUUCAUGGUCAACAGACGCCAGCGCAGGGAGCACAACCUGCCUGAGGAGUACCUGUAUGGUCAAGCCACCAAGUCCCUGUCCUACAAUGAUUUUGUCAACAAGGAGCUUGUGAUGUUCUCUAACUCAGACAACGAGAGGUCCCUCCCCUGCCUGAUCGAUGGUCUGAAGCCGGGCCAGAGGAAGGUGCUGUUCUGCUGCUUCAAGAGGAAUGACAAGCGGGAGGUGAAGGUGGCUCAGCUGGCUGGUUCUGUGGCCGAGAUGUCAGCCUAUCACCAUGGAGAGAUCUCUCUCAUGAUGACCAUCGUUGGCUUGGCCCAGAAUUUUGUGGGCAGCAACAACUUGAACCUGCUGCAGCCUCAGGGUCAGUUUGGCACGCGGCUGCACGGUGGCAAGGACUCUGCCAGCCCCCGUUACAUCUUCACCAUGCUCAGCCCCCUGGCCCGUCUACUCUUCCCCGCGGUGGACGACAACCUGCUGAAGUACAACUAUGACGACAACCAACGCGUGGAGCCCGAGUGGUACAUCCCCAUUAUCCCCACCGUGCUAGUGAACGGCGCCGACGGCAUCGGCACGGGCUGGGCCAGCCGCAUCCCUAACUCCGACAUCCGCGAGAUCGUCAAUAACAUCCACCGCAUGCUGAAUGGGGAGGAGCCGCUGCCUUUGCUCCCCAGCUACAAGGGCUUCAAAGGCACCAUUGACCAGCUGAUGACCAAUCAGUACAUGAACAAUGGAGAGGUGGCCAUCAUCGACAGCACCACCAUCGAGAUCUCUGAGCUGCCCGUCAAGACAUGGACACAGGCCUACAAGGAGAAUGUGCUGGAGCCCAUGCUGAACGGCACAGAGAAGGUCCAGGCCCUCAUAACCGACUACAAGGAGUACCACACGGACACCGCGGUACGCUUCGUGGUCAAAAUGACCGAGGAGAGGCUGAGGGAGGCCGAGGCGGCUGGCCUGCACAAGGUCUUCAAGCUGCAGCAGUCCCUCACUUGCAACUCAAUGGUGCUGUUUGACCAUGUGGGCAGCCUGAAGAAGUAUGAGUUGGUGCAAGAUAUCCUGAAGGAUUUCUUUGAGUUAAGGAUGAAGUACUACGUUCUGAGAAAGGACUGGCUGGCCGGCAUGCUGGGGGCAGAGAGUGCCAAGCUCACCAACCAGGCCCGGUUCAUCUUGGAGAAGAUUGAGGGAACCCUGGUCAUCGAGAACAAGCCAAAGAAACAGCUCAUCCUCAUGCUGACGGAAAUGGGCUACGACUCCGACCCCGUUAAGGCAUGGAAAGAGGCUCAGGAGAAGGACAGGAGUGUGGAGGAAACCCAGGAUGAUGAGGAGGAGGACAAAGAGGAAGACGCCACUGGGCCAGACUACAACUACCUGUUAAACAUGCCGAUGUGGUACCUCACCAAGGAGAAGAAAGAGGAGCUGUGCAAACAGAGGGAUGCCAAGAUGACCGAACUGAACACCCUGAAGAAGAAGAGCCCAGCUGAUCUCUGGAAGGAGGACCUCGCUGCCUUCACUGAGGAGCUGGAGCGUGUGGAGGAGAAGGAUCGGCAGAACGCCAACAUGCCCGUGGUGAAGGGCAAGGCUGUCAAGGGCAAGGUGGUGAAGGUGAAGCGGGAGACCACGCCCCAGGGGCGCCGCGUCAUCCCACGCAUUACCAGCACCAUGAAGGCUGAGGCCACCAGGAAGGCCGUUGUCAUGAAAGGCAAAAAGGGUGAGGAAGUGGUGAUGAAGAUGGAGUUUGAUGCACAUGGAGGAGAGAACGGAGAGAUGGCUGCUGAGGAGAUUGGCCUAGCAGCGCGAAUGACCAAGAAACUCAAAGCACCAGCCAAGGACAAAGUAUCAAAGGCAUUGGGCAAACAGACCACCCUGUCGUUCAAGCCCAUGGCGGCCAAGAAGAACCCGUGGUCUGACGACUCUGGCUCAGACAGUGAGAUGGUGAUUCCACUGGAUGUUGACUCAGUGGUACCCAAGGAGAAACCUGAACGCAAAGCCAAAGCAGCUGUGAAGUACAUGUACAGCAGUGAGGAUGAGUUCGACUGUGGGCUGAGCUCCCCCAAUAAGGCAGCGUCCGUUGAUGACGACUCCCUUGUCCCCAAGCCCAACGCUGCGAUCGAUAGCGAGGCAGACUCUCCACCGCCUAAGGCUCCUGAGCCCACAAAGAUGGUGAAAAGCAAAUCAGUGACUGUAAGUGAAGAUAAAAGCAAAUCCAGCUCUCAGUCUGAUGGCGACGAUGCGACGGCCUCUAUGCCUCCAGCCAAACCCAAGGCAGCCCCCAAGAAACCAGCAGCCCCCAAGAAACCAGCAGCCCCCAAGAAACCAGCAGCUGCCAAGAAGAAGCCUGCAGAUGUGAAGCAGCCGUCCAUCGUGGAUGCUCUGUCCAAGCCUAAGCCAGCCUCCAAAACCGCCGCCAAGAAGAUCCCGUCGUUUGACUCCAGCGACUCGGGCUCGUCCGAUGCCCCGACUAAGGCUGCUCCCGCCAAGCGCAAGGCCCUGGACAGUGACGACUCGGACAGAAGCGCUGAUGACCUCAUGUCCCGCAUCAAGGGCAAGAAGACUACCGUCGCCAGCAAGAAAACAAAAGUAUGGGAUGAUGACAGCUUCCAUAUGUCAGAUGAGGAGGUUGUGGCUCCCAGGAGCAAAGCAUCCCGUGCCAAGAAACCUGUCACUUACAACUUUGAAUCAGACUCUGAUGAGGGCUUUUAGGUUGGAGCAUCCUGUUCUCUUAUAUGGUCAAUGUCUCCUGUUAUCAAGGAUAUUACAACUGAAGUCCCUUUUAAUGAAUCAAUGCUUUUAUAUACUUCACUGCCGCUUGGCCAUUUAUGGCUUUGCUUUGUAGCAUUAGAAGUCUUGAUUGCUUUUGCACAGAAGACGGUUGGUUAUAUUAGAAUUUUAUCAUACCUGGUAGAAAAAUAAGACUUGUUUAAAAGCUAAUAACAAAAAACGAUGUCCCAUGAAGGAUUAUUCUCACGCGUUUUGCAAAUGGCAAACUAUUUGACAAAUGUUAUGCUGAAUAAUUUCACUAGUUUUAAUCUAUUCGUUACAUGUUCAGUUUUCUGCUUUCAUCUUUUUAUUCAUGUCUUGUCAUGUAAAUAUUUCAUUGGAUGUCUUUUUAUAUUUGUUUUGGGAAAUAAAGUAGUUGCUGCUUAUCA